AUGGCCAAAAAAGGUGUUAAGAAGAGACAGAACAGAAGGGCUCUGUCGAACAGAGCACAGAAUGCGUUUAAUUUGGCUCAGGAUGAGGAAGAUUCUCGUCUGAUGAGGGGCAUGGAGCCGGAUAUCGAGAACGAUAGCGACCGUGAGGGAGAGGAUGGCGAGAAACCUGCUUAUAGAAUAGGAGAAGUUGCUUCAGAAGAUGACGAGGACAUUGAUAGUGACGAGGCUCUUGGAAGUGACGAUGAAGAGAUUUUUGAGUCUCAUAGAAGAAAAUCCAACAAAAACGACGACGAUGAUGAAGAGGACUCUGACGACGACGGGUACAAGAGUGUUGACGAGAGCGAGUUCGUGUCACUUUCAGAGGUCUGGGAUCUGGAUGAUAAGGACGAAAGAGAAACGUCAGGAAAAGACAAAGGUUCGUCAAAAGAGCGUCUUCCUAAUAAGAUCGACGAGAAUAAUCUUCUGAAGCUUGACGAUGAGAUUCUAUCGGAUAGUGAAAGCGAAGCUGAUAGUGAGAGUCAGGAUGAUAGUGAGAGUGAAGGAGGUAGUGAUAGUGAAGGCGGGUCGAGUGGAUCUGAUUCAGUACUGUCAGAUGAGUUCUCGGAUCUUGAUGAGGAUGACAUUGAUGAAGAGAAGCUUGCCAAUCUCAAGAACAUGAUCUCGGGAAUGUCUGAAGAAGCUCUAGCUGAAGCGACCAGAAAGGCGAAGAAACAACGUCUUCAAAUGAUGAAUAUCCAGGAAAGUGAAUUUGCUCUUCCAGUUGGUGGUCAGAAAUUGUCACUUUCUGAUCUUACAGCUGGUGUCACUACCGAGAAAAAGCAAGACAGUGGCUUGAAAUUGCUCGAGAAUAAUUCUAAACAGACUCUGGCAGUACCCCUAGCCAAGAGAAUUCAACAAAAGAACGACAGAAAAGCCGCUUAUGAACUGACUAAAGAGGAGGUGAGCAAAUGGGAGGAGACUGUCAAGAAGAACAGAGAGGCCGAGCAUUUGCAAUUUCCCAUCAACCCAGCUCCUCAAGUGUCUAAAGUCGCUGCUCAUGCCCCUAUCGAACCAUCAACAGAGUUGGAGAAAAAAGUCAACAACCUCCUAACAGAGUCGAACUUGAGCGAAGAAAAGUCCGUGUCUACAUUUGAAGAACUGGCUCCUAGCAAGUUGACUAUGGAAGAAGUUAAGAGACGUCGUAACGAACUGCGGUUAAUGAGAGAGUUGAUGUUCCGAGAAGAGCAAAAAGCUCGACGAAUCAAGAAAAUCAAGUCGAAAUCGUAUAGAAAAGUGCAUAAGAAGGAAAGGGAGCGAGAACGCAUGAUGGUUGAAGGCGACGAAGAGUCAGACCGUGAGAGCCAUGAUAUCGAGCGUGCUAGAGAGAGAAUGUCGCUGAAGCAUAAGAAUACCGGCAAAUGGGCUAAAAGGAUGGUCGAGCAGGGAUUCACUAAAGACAAGGAAACUAGAGGCGAAAUGGAAGAGAUGCUGCGAAGAGGAGAAGACCUCCGGAAAAAGAUUCUAGAUGACCAAGACAAUGAAAGUGACAGUCAAGAAAUAGAAAGUGCCGGUGAUGAUGAUGACGACGAAGACGAUGAAACCAUUAAUGAACAGAAAGAGUCAUUGGGUAAAGGUUUACUGGCCAUGAAGUUCAUGAAAGAUGCCGAGCAGAAAGAGCGACAAAUUAACAAAGCCCAACGAGAAGCUCUACGUAAUGCCAAGAACUUGGACGAUUUCGAGGAUCUCAAGGACGAAACUGAAGAUGCGGUGAAUCAAGUAGUCAAUGCUGGUCGAAGAAAGUUUGCUCCUGGUACGUCAGAAGCCAGGGAUGAAAUGCUUGACGAGCUUGAAAAAGCCAGAGACGAGACUAUUAUAGAUGAGGAAAAGUCACUAGAAAAUGUCAUUACAAAAGCAUUUGACUCUAGGACCAACUCGCGAACUAAAUCCAAGUCUAAACACUCUAAAUCUCAAGAACCCGACGAAGCAGAAGAAGAAGAGGCUAACCCAUGGCUGACAAUCUCAUCCAAUUCGAAACAGAAAUCCAAAAAGGUCAACAUUGUCGAUAAAAACAGUUCAACACAAAGCAAAUCUCAGGACAAGCUUCGUAAGGAGAAAGAGAAGUUGCGUUCUUCCUCAAACGAUGAUUCUGGAGAUAUUGACAUGAACGAGGUACUCCGUAUUGUCGACCCACUAGCAUCUGACAAUGAAGAAGGCGAUGACGACGCCAGUGAAGCUGUUGCCGAGGGACAAAACGACAUGAAACGAGUUCCUCGCAAAGGUCUGACAUUCAAACAGCGAGAGCUUGUUAAGAGAGCCUUUGCUGGAGACGAUGUCGUUGAAGAGUUCCAGGAAGAAAAGCGACAAAAGAUAGCUGACGAGGGCGAUAAAGAAAUCGACGUGACACUUCCAGGAUGGGGCAGUUGGGGAGGCUCGUCCAUCAAAAAGAAAAAGAAGGUCAUUAAGAAAGUACAGGGUAUUCAAGCCGAUAAACGACAAGAUGCCAGACUGAAAAACGUAAUCAUCAACGAAAAGGUCAACAAAAAGAGUUCCAAGUACAAUGCCUCGUCCGUACCAUUCCCCUACGAAAACCGCGAGCAGUACGAACGGUCACUCCGUAUGCCCAUCGGCCGCGAAUGGUCGUCCCGCGACACCUUCCAAAAGCUCACCAAACCCCGUGUCAUUGUCAAACAGGGCACAGUCAUCGACCCCAUCAAGGCGCCUUUCAAGUAA